UACAGAUCUCGAAGAAUUGAUGGAGAAAGUAGGAGGCCAAACCUGUGUCUGUGUUUUGCUCUUUUUCUCAUUACUUUUCAGCUUUAACGUUGUAAUAAGUGGAAAGGAACUCGAACUUCUCUUAUCAUUCAAAGCUUCCAUAAGCGAUCCAUUUCGGUUUCUCACUGACUGGAGUUCCAAUUCCACCGUUGCUUUCUGCAACUGGUACGGUUUCACGUGCGUCAACUCCUCACAUGUUAGCGCUAUUGAACUUUCCGGAAAGAACAUCUCCGGCGAACUUUCUCCCUCUCUUUUCCUGCUGCCGUCAAUAGUAACCAUCGAUCUCUCAAACAAUGAAUUCUCCGGAGAAAUUCCGUCAGAAACCUUUUCUAGUUCCUCACUUCGACACCUCAAUCUCAGCAACAAUAACUUCACCGGUCCGAUUCCUCAUGGUUGGAUCUCUGGACUUGAGACGUUAGAUCUAUCGAACAACAUGCUCUCCGGCGAAAUUCGGGCGGAAAUCAGACUAUUUACUGGUCUUAAAGUUCUUGAUCUCGGUGGAAAUGUCUUGAAAGGAAAAAUUCCUAAUUCCAUAUCGAACCUCGCAGAGUUGCAGUAUCUGACGUUAGCUUCGAACCAGUUAGUAGGUGAAAUUCCGAAGGAGUUGGGCCAAAUGAAGAGUCUGAAGUGGAUUUACUUGGGCUAUAAUAACCUUUCAGGUGAAAUACCAAAAGAAAUCGGUGAAUUGACAUCUUUGAAUCAUCUUAAUCUGGUCUACAACAAUCUCUUAGGGGAAAUCCCGUCUUCACUCGGAAACCUCACUGAUCUUCAUUAUCUCUUCCUUUAUCAGAAUAGACUUACUGGUUCGAUUCCUCGAUCAAUCUUUGAUUUGAGAAAACUGAUUUCGUUUGACCUAAGCGACAACUAUCUCUCCGGACCGAUCCCUGACCGUGUAAGGCAACUGCAAAACUUGGAAAUCCUCAAUCUCUUCUCCAACAAUUUGGCUGGGAAGAUUCCAGAAGCCUUGGCUUCACUACCUCGACUCCAAAUUCUGCAGCUCUGGUCGAACAAAUUAUCCGGCGAUAUUCCAAAGAACCUCGGAAGAUGGAACAAUCUUACUGUACUGGACCUUUCGACGAAUAAGCUUACAGGCAAAAUUCCAGAGAGUCUCUGCAAUUCGAAUCGUCUCUUUAAGCUUAUCCUCUUCUCCAACUUCCUCCAAGGAAGAAUCCCUGAGAGCUUAAGCCGAUGCCGAAGCUUACAGAGAGUCCGUAUCCAGAACAACCUCCUGAUCGGUGAAUUGUCGCAGGAAUUCACGAAAUUGCCACUAGUCUACUAUCUUGAUAUUUCCGGAAACAGCCUGAACGGUAGGAUUGAUCAGCGGAGGUGGGACAUGCCUUCUCUUCAGAUGCUGGAUUUAGCGAGGAACAAAUUCAUCGGAAACUUGCCGGAGUCAUUCGGUAGCCACAAUCUCGAGAGCUUAGACUUAUCGGAAAACCGCUUUUCAGGAAGUAUUCCUCUGAGGUUCGGCGACCUAUCGGAGCUAGUGCAGUUGAAGCUCAGCAAGAACCAACUUAACGGUGUUAUCCCCAAUGAAUUAUCUUCCUGCAAUAAGCUGGUAAGUUUAGACUUCAGCGGAAAUCAGCUCAGUGGAUCAAUUCCAGUUUCUCUCUCUGAAAUGCCGGUUCUGGGUGACCUCGACUUGUCGGAAAACCAGUUAUCCGGAGAAAUACCGGCGGCUUUAGGGAAAGUGGAUUCUCUGCUCCAAGUGAACAUCUCUCAUAAUAAUUUACACGGGAAGCUUCCAUCCACCGGAGCAUUCUUGGCUAUCAACUCGAGUGCUGUCACCGGCAAUAAUCUCUGCAGUGUCGAAGCUACAGCUGGUUUACCUCCAUGCAGAACGGCGUGGAAGCCUGUUUGGUGGCUUCUCGUCACUUCGUUUUCAGUUGUUCUGGUGGUAUUGGCGCUUUCUCUUUCUAUAGUGGCGUUCAUGCGACAUAGAAAUGGAGAACAGGUCAAAAAGGUUGACCAUGAGGAUGAGACGUGGGAGUUGCAGUUCUUCAAUUCAAGUCUCUCAAAUGCCGUCACGAUCGAUGAUAUCUUACUGUCUAUGAAGGAAGAGAAUGCAGUUUCCAGAGGAAGUGAAGGAACUUUAUACAGAGGGAAAUCUGCGGUGAAUGAUUUACAAUUCAUUGUUGAGGAGAUAAAUGAUAACACUAAUCCGUCAAAUUUCUGGGUGGAAGUGAUGAAACUGGGAAAGCUUCGACAUCCGAAUGUAGUACAAUUAAUAGGGAGUUGCAGGUCGGAAAGGGGUGGGUUUCUCUUGUACGAGUUCAUCGAAGGGAACAGCAUGAGAGAUGUUCUCGGUGGUUUAAGCUGGGAACGUCGUCAGAAAAUGACGAUUCGGAUCGCAAAGGCUCUUCAGUUUGUUCACUGUCGUUCGCCGAAUUUUCUGAUCGGAAAUAUUUCGCCGGAAGAAGUGAUCGUUGACAGAAAAGACGAGCCACGCCUACGACCUUGUCUUCCGGAGUUAGUCGGUAGUGACUGCAAGAGUUUCCUCCCGUCAGCCUCCGUUGCACCAGAGAUAUGGAACAAAAAGGAUAUCACCGACAAGAGUGAUAUUUACAGUUUCGGAGUCUUUUUAAUCGAAAUCCUAACCGGGAAGAACCCGGCGGACACAGAACACGGUGUGCACCAUGGCAUAGUCGAGUGGGCCCGAUUCUGUUAUUCUGAUUGUCAUCUCAACACGUGGAUUGAUCCUGCAAUCAAGGAAUGCGAAUCCAAGCAUGGAAAUGAGAUCGUUGAGAUGAUGAAUCUAGCCUUGCAAUGCACCGCGACAAAUCCAGCGGCCAGACCAUGCGCUAACGAUGCAUUGAUGAUCCUAGAGUGUGCAACUAGGUCAAGUUCUUGCAUUUCAGAUCUGAAAUUCUCAGCAAUUAUGUAGUUUCGAGUUUUUGGUUUUUAUUUUCUUUUCAUUUUUUGUUGUAA